AUGGCUGAUGAAUUCUCUGGAAAAAUCGAGAGCAAAGGGUUGAACCCGGGACUGAUCGUCCUUCUUGUGAUUGGAGGGUUGCUAGUGACGUUCCUUGUAGGAAACUUCAUCCUCUACACAUACGCUCAGAAGAAUUUGCCUCAGAGGAAGAAGAAGCCAGUUUCCAAGAAGAAGAUGAAGAAAGAGAAGCUGAAGCAAGGCGUUCAAGUUCCUGGCGAGUAGAUUUAAGUUAAAUGUUUUAGUAGUUGGUUGGCAUAUGAUCAUUUCCAUAAAAACUCACUGUUGCAUCGCUAGACAUUAUAUGACUCUAUUAGUUUUGAAUGUUCCGGUAUAAGCAUCAUGUUUUCUGGAUUUGACAAUGUGUCUUCAACUUUCUAUAAGCUUUUGGUGAGUUAAUGUCAUGUCAAAAUGUUAUAGCCUUCUUGAUUUUAUUUGUUGAUGGUACAUCCCAACGAACCUUCAGGAAUUGCCAUAUUACAAAUUUU